ACACCAAAAAAAAAUGUCAUGUUUGUCAAAUUGCAUGUCUGUGCUUCGCUUUUUUGCUAAUCAUCGCCGAUUUUCUGCAAAUCUUACAGUAUUUACAAUUAAACACAGCCAGUUGUUUCAUAACGUUAAUAAUUCCAUAGCAUCCAGUUUAUCAGGAAGAACAUUGACGGCGUCGGCGACGUCGUUGCGCUCGUGGAACAUGACAUUCGCGUAUCCCGAGGCGAGGAGAGACGACACUGUCGUUGACGACUACCAUGGCACCAAGAUUAUAGACCCGUACCGGUGGCUUGAAGAUCCCGAUUCUGAGGAGACUAAAGCAUUCAUCGAGGCGCAGAAUAAGAUAACACGGCCAUUUAUAGAUUCUUGCCCCGUGAAGUCUCAAAUCAACGAUCGGCUGACAGAGUUGUGGGAUUACCCCAAAUAUUCUUGCCCCUUCAGGAGGGGGAACCGCUACUUCUUUUUUAAAAAUACCGGUCUCCAGAACCAAAAUGUGCUGUACGUGCAAGAGAAGCUGGAGGGCGAGGCACGUGUGUUCCUCGACCCCAACUCGUUGUCGGAAGACGGCACCGUUGCGCUAUCAGGGAGCCGCUUCACCGAGGACGGCAACACCUUCGCAUACGGCCUGUCUGCCAGCGGCUCCGACUGGAUCACCAUCCACAUCAAGGACGUGGCCACCGGUAAGGAUUAUCCAGAAGUAUUGAAGAAAGUUAAAUUCGCCUCCAUGUCAUGGACUAAAGAUAAUAAAGGGCUGUUUUAUUCACGGUACCCCGAGCAGAGCGGCAAGACGGACGGCUCGGAGACGGAGGUGAACCGCGACCAGAAGCUGUGUUACCAUCGGCUGGACACGCCGCAGGAGAGUGACGUCAUCGUGGUCGACUUCCCCGACGAGCCGCUCUGGAGAAUUGGUGCUGAAGUGAGCGACUGCGGCCGGUACCUGAUAGUAACUCCUGUGAAGGAUUGCCGCGACAAUCUGCUCUUCUUCGCCGAUCUAUCGAAACACCCAGAGAUUAGCGGCAAACUGCCGCUCACACAGAUUGUACAUAAGUUUGAGGCUGACUAUGAGUAUAUCACCAACGAGGGUUCCGUUUGUAUAUUCCGCACAAAUAAGAACGCCCCGAACUACAGGCUCGUCAAGAUAGACCUUAACAACCCUGACGAGCAGAACUGGGAGACGCUUAUACCGGAACAUCCCAAAGAUGUGCUGGACUGGGCCUCCGCUGUUGAUCAUGACAAGUUGGUGAUACACUAUGUUAGAGAUGUUAAGAGUGUGCUACAACUCCACAGUAUGGGCAACGGGGAGCUGUUGGAACAGUUCCCGCUGGACGUGGGCUCCGUGGUGGGUUUCUCUGGCAAGAAGGAGCAGACGGAGAUCUUCUACCACUUCAUGUCAUUCCUCACGCCCGGGAUCAUCUACCACGUGGACCUCAAGAGCAAGCCCUACAAACCUACUGUAUUUAGAGAAGUAAAGGUGAAAGGAUUCGAUCCGUCCCAGUAUGAAGCGAAACAGAUAUUCUACUCAAGCAAAGAUGGCACCCAAGUUCCAAUGUUUAUUGUUUCUAAGAAGGGCCUAGCUUUGGACGGCAACAACCCGGCGCUCGUGUACGGCUACGGCGGGUUCAACAUCAACGUGCAGCCCAGCUUCAGUGUCACGAGGAUCGUGUUCAUGCAGCACUUCAACGGAGUACUGGCUGUACCCAACAUACGAGGUGGAGGUGAAUAUGGCGAGAGAUGGCACAAUGCCGGUCGCUUACUGAACAAGCAGAACGUGUUCGAUGACUUCCAAGCCGCGGCAGAGUACCUCCACCGGGAGGGCUACAGCAGGCCCGAGCUGACCACGGCUCAGGGAGGCUCCAACGGAGGACUGCUGGUCGCAGCCUGCAUCAACCAGCGGCCCGACCUCUACGGGGCCGCCAUCGUGCAGGUCGGGGUUCUGGACAUGCUACGGUUCCAGAAGUUCACGAUCGGGCACGCCUGGGUCUCCGAUUACGGUAGCUCCGACAACGAGACCCAGUUUAACUACCUGCUAAAGUACUCGCCGCUACAUAAUAUCAAGUCGUCCGAUAAUGGCCGCGCCCCGUACCCCGCGACCCUGGUGUUGACGGCCGACCACGACGACCGCGUGGUGCCGCUCCACUCGCUCAAGUACGUGGCCACGCUGCAGCACGCAGCAGCAGCAGACCACUGGCCGCCGCUCCUGGCGCGAGUCGACACCAAGGCGGGCCACGGCGGAGGGAAGCCCACCGCCAAGAUUAUUGAGGAACACACUGAUAUCCUCUCCUUUAUGACUCAAGCGCUGGGACUUACAUUUGUCAAGUGAAUUGUAUUGAAAACAAAGUAUUGUGCCGGGACUCUGUAAUUGUAUUUAUGAAUUGAAGUGAAUCCGUCGCAUACGUAGAACCCACGCACCUGGAAAUCAAGAGACUGGUGAUAUUGUUACGCAUUUCUAUUAUUUUGUAAUAUAAAUAAAUAAACUUUGUUUUUAUUA